GUACCUGAUGUUUAUAACGAACUUCGGACCAGACAGCAGCGAAUGGCAGAGAUCACCGAAAUGAUCCAUGUGGCAAGUCUUCUCCAUGAUGAUGUCUUAGAUGAUGCUGAUACAAGACGUGGUGUUCAAUCCCUUAAUUUCUUGAUGGGGAAUAAACUAUCUGUGUUAGCAGGAGAUUUUCUGCUUUCUCGAGCUUGUGUGGCCCUUGCCUCUCUAAAAGACCCUGAAGUCUUUUCAUUAAUCUCAGCGGUUAUAGAACAUCUCGUAACAGGCGAAAUAAUGCAAAUGGCCAGCACAUCUGAACAACGCUGUUGCAUGGAUCAAUAUAUGCGAAAGACGUACUACAAGACAGCAUCACUGAUUGCAAAUAGCUGCAAAUCAAUCGCUAUUCUCCCAGGCCAAACAACUGAAGUUGCAAUGCUGGCUUAUGACUAUGGAAGAAGCCUGGGGUUGGCGUAUCAGUUGAUUGAUGAUGUUCUUGAUUUCACAGGGACAUCAGCUUCCCUAGGAAAGGGUUCUCUCUCAGACAUCCGCCAUGGGAUAAUAACAGCUCCAAUAUUGUUUGCCAUUGAAGAAUUCCCAGAAUUACAAGAAGUUAUCCAUCGAGGUUUGAACGACCCCAGAGAUGUCGAUCUUUCCCUUGAAUACCUUGGGAAGAGUCGCGGUAUACAAAGAGCUAUCGAGCUAGCAACAGAACAUGCCAACCUUGCAGCCUCAGCUAUCAACUCUCUUCCUCAAAGUGAUGAUGAUAAUGUCAGGAUAUCGAGACAGGCACUUGUGGACCUCGCUCAGAUAGUCAUCAGAAGAAAAAAAUAG